CUUCGAGCGGCAUUGUUUCCUGCGCCGAAAGGAAAACAUCCAUUAAGAACGAUCACGUACCCAAUAAACGAUGGAAUUAACUAUGCAGGGAUUAGAUUGUCAUCGCCGAUAAAAGAUGAAGACAAGCUCGAGGCGCAAAACGAAAACUUAGCUAUGAAUGGUUUGGGGUGGGAAAACGACAGAGCGAUUGUGUACACACUAAGCCAAAAACCAGUAGGCUUGGAACGUAUAAAUGUUGUGUUGACCGGAACGGAAGAAGUUCUGACAUUAUUCGUUUGCAAAAAGAUCAAGCGCUUUAUUGUAUGA